CUAAUCAUGUGAUAGACGCUCAAUUCACUCAGGACACUUUAAACACUUGGACAAGCUGUUGUUUCGUAACUCUCGGUGAAGUUUUUUUUUCGGCGUCAGCCUAAAGUGUGUCAUCUGGAUGUGUUUCAUGCCAUUGUGAUCCGGGUUGUUGCUGUCGUCUGCGGUCCUUCAUAACAGCGCACUUUUAACUUGAGGAAUAUUUACUGACAAAAUUCCAGCCAUGAUAAGUGGCCCAAUAAAGCCAGAUAUGUCAUUUUACUCGACUUACCUGAUUAAACAUACACCUGAGGCAUUUGGAGUCGUAUGGUCACCUUCCAUGGUCCCUACUUCCACAGCUCCACUAUACCCUCACCUAUAUAGCCCCCAUCACACACACCCUCAGUCCCAGGAUGUCCAUCAGUCCCAGACUGAACCUGUCGACUUGACCAUCAAAAGAUCCUCCGUUUCAUCUCCUUCCUCGUCUGUGGCAUCAUCAUCAUCACCCAGAGCCACUCCCCCAUCCCCUUUUGAUUACCCCAGUCCAGUGUCACAUCCCCGCCCUGGCUCCGGCUCCGGUUUUGUAACAGGAAGCCCUCAGAGAAGGCAGCUGACCCCACCACUGGCCCUUCCCAUUCCUCCGGUUUUAACACCUAUUGUACCAGUACUUCCUAUGCCGUUUUCUGUGAUCUACCCUCCUGCCCUACACCUGUCUUCCUCCAUCAUGAUAUCACCCGUCACACCUGAGGAUCCUAACCACAAACAGUUUCCUAUAAUGAAGUUAGAGAAUCCUUCAGACAACCAAGAGCUCCUCAAGCCAAUCAAAUCCGAUCCCUACCCUGAACACCCCCAGGAUUCCCACAACCAGGAAUUAACCUCACCCGUCAGGACUGUCCCACCGAAUAAUGAGGAAAACACACACUCUGUGAUUGUACGUCGAAAGGUAGAGUCUCCAGAUCCACUGAAGAAGCGUCGAAUUCAUCGCUGUGACUUCAACGGCUGCAAUAAAGUCUAUACCAAAAGCUCCCACCUGAAAGCUCACAGACGCACACAUACAGGAGAGAAGCCUUACAAGUGCAUGUGGGAAGGCUGUACGUGGAAGUUCGCCCGCUCUGAUGAACUGACCCGUCACUUUCGGAAGCACACGGGUGUAAAGCCUUUCCAGUGCCCUGACUGUGAUCGAACCUUCUCCCGCUCCGAUCACCUCGCCCUGCACAAGAAACGCCACCAGCUGAUGUGAACUCAAUACUGCAACAUGUGAACGGAGCAGAAACUGCACCUUUGAUUAAACCUUUGCUCAACAGGAGUGUCAUCUUCAGUGAUGUUAAGGGCCGUUUUGUGUUUCCCGUCCCCUUUUCUGUUCAGGAAACAGAGUUAAUGGAUAAUAUGAUGGCUAGCUCGUACUUCUUGAAAAUUAUUAUUAUCCAAGUGGAUUUUGUCACCAUUUCUAUGGAUUUGGACAAAUGUUAAUAGUGCUGUGGAAAGACCCUUAUAUAGACAAAAUUCAGAACAAUAGGCACCUUUAUGUCUUUCCUUGAUACCAAGCACUCUCUCUCUCUCUCUCUCCCUUGUCUCUAUAUUCAUGUCUCUCUACCAUUCUGUUUUACCCCUCUGCUGGUCAGAGGGUUCAUUGUGCCAGUCACAGCACUACACAAACAAGCAAAAUACAUUUACAGUAUAUCAGUAGCUAGUCAAAUACAUAUACAAUCACACACACACCUCGGACAGUUUCACACUUUAAAUGUUGUUUUAAGAUGCAACUCGGGUCAAACCUGCACAAUGUGAAUUUUUCUCUUGUUUUAUAUUAUUCAGAAUAAACGAAUGUGUAUACACA